GCCGACCUCUGAUUUCCGGGCUCACAUCAUGUCGUAUUUCCUCCCACAUCUUCCUUCUGGCUGGCACGUUGACGAAGCGAUCAAGUCUGAGGAAGACCGAGUUGUCGUCAUCCGCUUCGGUCACGACUGGGACCCACAAUGCAUGGUCAUGGACGAGACCCUCUACGCCGUCGCGGACAAGGUCCAGAACUUUGCUGUCAUCUACCUCGUCGACAUCACGGAGGUACCUGAUUUCAACAAGAUGUACGAGUUGUAUGACCCCUGCACGGUGAUGUUCUUCUACAGAAACAAGCACAUUAUGAUAGAUCUUGGCACUGGUAAUAACAACAAGAUUAACUGGGCGAUGGAUAACAAACAGGAGCUUAUCGACAUCAUCGAGACUGUCUACCGCGGUGCUUCGAAAGGCCGCGGUCUUGUCGUCUCUCCGAAGGACUACUCUACCCGAUACCGCUACUAGACGACAGACUGCCACCCAUGAAAUUCAGUAUCUUGCAACAUGCUUUCCCGUGGAGCUCUCUAUAAUAUUACCUUGCAAGCUAUGAUUCGUCUCGUUACUCUCGGAUUUCUUCCUCUCCGCUGAGAUUAUAGGCUGUUAACC